AUGUCUUCUUCAACAUCUCAUUCAAAGCGUAAGCCGUUGUAUACUACCAAAAGGAGUGAAACCCCUUCUCAGUCGUCGUCUACAUCAACAAGUCAUAGUGGUGGUGGUGGUGGACCUAAACGCAUCAAUGGAUCGGAUAUUGUGAGAGAGAUGCGGAGACGCGAUUCACGUAAAAUGGAAACGGCCGUUUUAUUCUUCCAUCCAAACAUUGUCACUCGACCUGAAUCAGUCUCCUUUAUGCCCACGGCUGACAACACCAUCCGUCGGUUCCUGGAAAUUCGAUGUCAUCUUUUCGAUCGCUUGCGACAACAAUUGGAUGCCACAUGGGAUCAAGUGGAUGAUGAUGAUGAUCACUAUACGCUCGACAUGGAUGAUUCGAUUCUCCUCCAGAAUAAGAGCAUCACCACAACCGAUGAAUUGAUCCAGCACAUGCUUGCAUGCGCACAUCCCUAUUGCUUGGAACGACCCAACAUGACAUGUCAUCCCAUCAAGCGGUUCUUAUACGAACCUUUAUUGAAGCUCUUUUAUGACGACGACCACCAUCAUGAACUUGUCGUAUUUCCACGACUCUUUCGAGCACUGCAUAGCCAUCAUUUCUAUUCGUCAUCAUCAUCAUCCACUUUUGAUAUGCAGCCCCUGUGUAAGCGUCUUUGCCAUUGGAUGAGCAUGAUGAUGGGCGAUUUUCAUGGAGCUGAAACAGCAGCUUAUACGCAAAAGAUCCUUCCGGUAUUGCAACCAGGUGGUUUGCCAAACAUGCCAUCCCUCACACAGUUGGCCCAUGCCAAAAUCCCUAUUCGCGUCUUGACCCAUGAUGAUGAGGGUGAUAGUGGGAUUCACGUGGAUGAUCAAAAAGGAGUUGUGAGUAUACGUCGCAUUUCGCUCUAUGAUCUACGCUACAGCUACAGUGAUUUUCGACAAAAUGAUAUCCCACAUACUGAGAAUGCCUAUGAACUUGCGUUUUCGACAUCGAUGGUGAAGCUGGCUCGCUUAAUUCCUGAUGAAGCAUCUUUCAAAUUGGCAUGUCGACAUGAAAUCCUUGUACCUGACGAGUUGUUGAUUGAUUUUCAUUGGUGGCGAGAUAAUGUGCUGCGUAAUGCAGAAUAUUAUGAACGAGAAUCACCUUAUUUCUGGCCUAUCGAGCAAUUACAAAAGACGCUGGAGCAUUUGAAUGAGCUAUUUACAUCAAAGAUGACGGAUGGUGGUGGUGCAUUCUCUCUUUUAAAAGGCCACCUGCAUGGUAUUGACAAGGAAGCGGUGCUAUUUUUCCAUCCUACCGCCAACGCACAUCGCAAUGCACUCUCAUGGCCAACAUUGGAGAUCUGUGCAAAUAAGCAAAGACGUGACCCAAUUGCACUGCUUUGUUAUCAAAGACGACAUGAUUUGGCAGAGUUGUAUGAUCAUAUUGAGCACGUGAUACGAGAUGUGGAUCAUAAGAGCAACAUCAUGUGCACUACUGACAACAACAGCAACCUGUCAGUGACCGAUCUUGUUGAGUAUGCUGAAGGCAGCAGCACACAAAUGAACAAUCAACUUGAACAAUGCACCACAUUUCCCAUCAAACCAUUUAUCAAGCUCUUUUCUCUUUAUCCCACCCGUUGUAUAUGGAUCUUGGAGAACAUUAGCCGGCGUUUAUUGAAGAUGCAAUCUGCCUAUUGUAUGCAGCUACAGGCUAUCUAUCGACGUCUUAUUGGUGAUCUUUUUGGAACCGUACCAGCCAACUACGCCUUUGAUAUGGGUGAAUGGGAUUCCACACACGGCAAUAAUGCUCAUCGCAACAGCUUGUACUCAUUGGCAUCACCCGUGGACCACGUACCAUCAAUACAUCAACUUGUCAACCAAGGUGGUCUCACCAUUGUACCCCGUGACGACGCCGUGGAGGGUGGUAUCCAAGUGCAAGAUGGCAACACGAUACAUAUCCAACGUGUGAGCUUGCUUGAUAUACGACUUUCAGAAUACAGCUUUGCCAGCCCCACCAAGGAUAAAGAACAUUGUUCGUCAAGUCUCGAAGGCUAUUUUGCAGAUGCGAUGCUCAAACUCGCCGUUCUUAUUCCUGACGCUGCAUCAUUUACAUUGGCAACGGCACUUGGUAUUAUACAAGAGAUGCUAUUCAUUGAUUGGCCAUGGUGGGAAGCACAUGUGAUAAGAUUGCGCGAGUUUUACAGCACACGAUACACCAUUGGAUGGGGGACGUACCACGUACUUCAAGAUCUCAAACGUGCUUACAUGGAGAGGAAAAAGUCCAUAGCAAGUCAAUGGCCAUUCCAAACAGCCCUGGAAGCAUUGGAUGCACAAUCCAAAUUGGCUGUACGCUUUUUUCACCCAAGCCCAAAUGAUAUUUGUAUUCCCUCGUCUAUGGCAUCGGCUGGCAUGGCAAAUGAUCCAACCCAACAUGCACGUAUCCUUUUCGAGCAACGACAAAUCGAUUUGCAUGACUUGUUACACACGAUCCAUCUCAAUGACAGCUAUUGGAUGAAGAACAAUCACACUGAAGAAGAAGGAUUCUCGUUUAUUAUCGAUCAGGCAUGCAUGAAGGGGUCGACGACGACGACGACGACGACUACUGCUACAGUGUUACAGCAGGAUUGGAAACGAUAUGACAUUGAGCCCCUCUUGAUCUUAUUUUUGGACCGAGCACCUUAUUCAAAGCUGUGUCGCAUUCGACAUUGGAUAAACGACAAGUCAACAUCAGCUGAAAAUCUGAAUUAUUUUGAUGACAUGGCAUGUGUUCUUUCAGGCAAUCUUUAUUCAUCGUUACCCAAUGAUUGGAUCAUUAACACCACCACGCACCAUCAACCUACAAUGAGCAAAAGUAAUGGUUCAGCAAACAAAGAAAUGCGCAUUAUCAAGAAUCAACAGCAACAACAACAACAACAAUGGAUGCCAAGUUUGGAUGAAUGGAGCAAGGCUGGCUUUCGGAUACAAUCAGAACAAAAAGUAGAGUUACAUGGUGUAGCGGUCGAUGUUCGAAUGCGAGCUCUUUGUGUGCAAGUCGUAUCAUUGCUCGACAUACGUUACAGCUGGCAGCAUUUUCAAAGUGACAGCAGCUUAUAUAAUGAAGUUGGCAAGCAACAAGGCGAUGCGUUCUUUGAGCAAUGUUUUUCCGAUUGCAUGUCCAAGUUGUCAGCAUUGGUGCCAGAUCCACGCUCGUUUGCACUUGCAGUUGACACAGGUGUCAUACCAGCCUCGUUGAUGAUUGAUUGGCCUUGGUGGAGAUACCAUGUACUUGCCACUGCUCGUCAUUGUGCCAAUUAUCAUUCACCAAGUCAUGCAACGCAACAGCUCUUUUCAAACAUGAGGAAGGAAUACAGGCGGUACUUGCACCCAACCAAACUAGAAAAGUGGACAUGGUAUGUUAGACGGCACCCACGACAUGUUGCAUGUGCCAUUGUUCUCGUAGUCUUGCUUAUAUUAGUUUUGAUUCAAACCGCCCGUGGUUAUCACGCUUAA